ACCUCGGUGGCCUCUGUUUUCCCACCCAGGCGAUCAGCAUUAGCAAAGCCAUCAACACCUUGGAAGUCCCUGUGAAGGAGAAGCACGCUCGGAGGAUUAUUCUAGGGACUCAUCACGAGAAAGGUGCGUUUACUUUCUGGUCGUAUGCCAUUGGUCUUCCCCUGCCCAGCAGUGCCAUCCUGAGCUGGAAGUUCUGCCAUGUUCUCCACAAAGUUCUCCGAGAUGGUCACCCAAACGUUCUCCAGGACUGUCAGCGGUAUCGAAGUAACAUUCGAGAAACGGGGGAUCUUUGGGGCCACCUGCACGACCGUUACGGCCAGUUGGUGAAUAUUUACACCAAGCUUUUGCUGAUCAAAAUCUCCUUCCACGUCAAGCAUCCUCAAUUCCCUCCUGGGCUUGAAGUCACCGACGAGGUGCUAGAAAAAGCUGCCGGAACAGAUGUGAAUAACAUCUUCCAGCUCACCGUUGAGAUGUUUGACUACAUGGAUUGCGAACUCAAAUUAGCAGAAUCAGUCUUCCGGCAACUCAACACCUCCAUGGCCAUCUCCCAGAUGUCGGCCGUUCAAUGCCGGUUGGCCCCUCUCAUACAGGUGAUCCAGGAUUGCAGCCACCUGUACCAUUACACCGUGAAGCUGAUGUUCAACCUCCAUUCGUGUUUGCCAGCCGAUACGUUGCAAGGCCAUCGAGACAGGUUCCACGAACAGUUUCGCAGCCUGAAGAACUUUUUCAAAAGGGCAUCGGACAUGCUGUAUUUCAAGCGUCUCAUCCAGAUUCCACGGCUGCCCGAGAACCCCCCCAAUUUCCUGAGGGCAUCCGCCCUAGCUGAGCAUGUCAAGCCAGUGGUAGUCAUUCCAGAAGAAGCCCCCGAAGACGAGGAGCCGGAAAACCUGAUUGAGAUCAGCUCAGCUCCAUCCGUAGAGCAGCAGAAUGUGUCGGAUAUAUUUGAGCAGACUUUCGGGCCACCCAACGGACUAAAAGAUGACAGAGAUCUGCAAAUCGAAAACCUGAAGAAAGAAAUUGAACUGCUUCAGACAGAGCUAGCGAAGAUUAAGCUGGAAGCUCAAAGGUACAUCACCCAGCUGAAGGCUCAGGUGAACAGCCUGGAGGCCGAGGUGGAAGACCAGAGGAUGCAGAAGCAGAAAGCCUUGGUGGACAACGAGCAGCUCCGAGAUGAGCUGGAGAAGCUGCAGAAAGCAAAAUUUGAAGGAGACAAAAACCGAGGACUCUACCUGGAAGCAGAAAAAAAAGCCAGCACCACCGAAAUCCGGUAUGCCAAGCUGAAGGAGAAGCACAACGAAUUAAUCAACACCCAUGCGGAACUUUUGAGAAAGAACGCAGAUACUGCCAAGCAGCUGACCGUCACCCAACAGAGCCAAGAAGAGGUCGCCCAGGUCAAGGAAGAGCUGGCUUUCCAGAUGGAGCAAGCCAAGCGAGAGUCAGAAAUGAAGUUAGAAGACCAGAUGCUUCAGGUGGAACAGAUGAAGAGACAGCUGGACUCCAAAGCAGGAGAACUGACUCAGCUUCAGCAGUCGCUCAGCCAUUCUAAGCAGGUUGGCUCGGACCUCAACAGCCAGCUGGACGCCCUGCAAGCCGAAAAGGAGACCCUGAGGAAAUCGGUCAACGAGAAGGAAUGUGAGCUCAUCUCGACCAAGGGCCUCAUUCAAGAGAAGGAGCUGCUGUUGAGCCAGGAAGCCGAGAAGAGGGUGAAGGAAGUGCAGGAACUCCAGGAAAAGUUGGUGGAAAAAAGAACUCACGAACAGAACCUGCAGCAGAAGCUCCUGGAUGACCAAUUCCGAAUCUUGCAAGGGACAAUCAAGGAAGCCGAGAGCAUCAUCCAGGAUGCUGUGAGCAAGUUGGACGACCCUUUGCAUAUCCGGUGCACCAGUUCCCCAGAUUAUCUUGUCAGCCGCGCCCAGGCAGCUUUGGAAUCGGUGAAUGCCCUGGAGAAGGGACAUAAGCAUUAUCUAACCAACAUGGCAGAUGCCACUGGACUGGUUGCCGCGUUGGCGCAGUUUGCCCAUCUCACGGCAGAUGCCAUCGUGAACGGCAGUGCCACGUCCCAUCUUGCCCCAACGGAUCACGCUGACAAACUGACAGAAUCCUGCAGGGACUGUGGGUAUCAUAGCCUGGAUUACCUGAACAAGCUCAAAGACAAGCAGUCUCUCCGAGAAGCAGAUCCAGCAGACCUGAGGACAACUCUGCAGAGGCUAUUCCAGCUAGGACAGGAACUGAGACCCAAAAGUUUGGACAUCCGGGAAGAAGAACUGGGCGACUUGGUCGACAAAGAGAUGGCCACCACUUCUGCGGCAGUUGAGGAUGCCGUGAGAAGGAUAGAGGAAAUGAUGAAUCAAGCCAGAGUAGAAAGCUCUGGGGUGAAACUAGAAGUCAAUGAAAGAAUCCUGAAUUCCUGCACAGAUUUAAUGAAGGCUAUUCGGCAACUUGUAUUGACCUCCACCCACCUGCAGAAGGAGAUCGUGGAAGGAGGAAGGGGGGCAGCAACACCCCAGGAAUUUUACGCCAAGAACUCCUGUUGGACGGAAGGACUCAUCUCAGCAUCCAAAGCUGUUGGAUGGGGAGCAACUCAGCUCGUAGAAUCUGCGGAUAAAGUCGUCUUGCACACCGGCAAAUACGAAGAGCUGAUCGUCUGUUCACAUGAAAUUGCAGCGAGCACAGCUCAACUCGUAGCCGCCUCCAAGGUGAAAGCAGAGAAGCACAGCAAGAACCUCGGCAAACUCCAGGAAUGCUCGCGUACGGUCAACGAGAAGGCAGCUAACGUUGUGGCCUCUACCAAAUCUGGUCAGGAGCAGGUAGAAGAGAAAGACACCAUGGACUUCUCUGGGCUGUCCUUGAUCAAACUCAAGAAAGAGGAGAUGGAGACACAAGUGAAGGUUCUGGAACUGGAAAAGACGCUGGAGAACGAGAGGCUGCGUCUCGGAGAGUUGAGAAGACAACAUUACACAUUGGCUGGUCUUUACACGGAGAACACGGAUGGAAAGAAGCCUACAAUCGCUCGUAAGCCAGCAUCCUUGCAGAGACCUGCCGUGGCCCAGAAACCAGGUCAAAGCAAGCCGGACUCUGAGCUGGCACAGGACGGCGUCUACCAAGCCCAUGUAGUUAACUUCUAAGGCAAAGCCAACAAGCAACGGAGCAGAGUUGAAUCCAGGGCCAGGAAAAUUGGGUCCAGCUUCUGCCCACCCUUGAGGAAUUCAACCCUUGGAUCUGCGGGUUUUUCGCUGGUUCCCCCCAAAAAUAGAUUUUUGGUGGAGGAUUAAGAUGUCAGCAGCCUUCAACUCUUUCUACGGCAGGAGACAUUGAGACAUUCCAGCCCCUUUAAAUGUCUGUGUUUUAAACAGAUACCAGCUGGAUCCUUUCCAGCUCCUAAAUGUCUCUUCUGCCCCCCACCAUCUACAAGAAGGCAGACCCUCCUCCCACCCCCUACGGGGAAAAGGAAUUAAGGAGCUUGUGGAUAACUAUUUAUAAGCAAUAGGAAUCAUUUGGGAAAUAUUUCGAGUAAAUAUUGGUGUAUCUAUUAUUCUACAAAGAUGUUUUUAAAAAGAAAUGUGAAUUUCUGUGGCUACUGUCGUUGUCGGUUGUGUAGGUGGUCCUUUGUAGUAUUUUAUGCCGAGAUCUGAUGCGUAUAAAAAGGGACCAAGGGUGGGAGAAAUUACCUGGGGAUGGAAAUGAAAUAUCUUGUAGAGAUUUUUAUAGUACACAUUUAAGGAUUUAUAGAGGAGAAAAUAAAAACCUUGUUUUUUUUUCAAAGUUCCCUUCAACCAGUGCCUCCCAAACCUGGGUGAAAUUACCCCCAAUUAGGUAAAAAUAUGUUCCCCCCCCCCCCCUUUGGGUAACAAUACACAUUCCCAGUCAAAACGGGGAGAUUUAAAUUGACUUACAAGAUGGCCAAGGGUGUUUAAAAGUCUCUCAAAAUAUAUUCCUGCUGAAAUGAAACUCCAUGAAAUGACCAAUUUGUUGAAAAGUGACAAAGAUUGCUCCAUUUUAUACAGGUUGUCUUGAGUUGACGACCAACCGUUCAAAGUUACAACGGUGGUAAAGGAAGGGAUGAGCUUGCAUAAGAUGUUUUAAUAAGCAGGGGAUUUUUGGGGGGGGGGGGGGUAAUGAAGGAAAAAGGUUGGGAAGCACUGCCUUAAAACUCUCUUAGGAAA